AUGAAGGCCGCUCCGCUGCUUGUGUCCUGGCACAAUGAGAACGCUCCCAUAUAUUCAGCCCACUUCGAGCCCCACGGCAAGGGACGGUUGGCAACCGCGGGCGGCGAUAACAAUGUUCGGGUACAGGAGACCGUGCCAAUCGGUGUGUUGGACACUGCUGACACGGGCACAGCUAUGGAACGUCGAGAACCACGGCGAGGAGCGCAAGAUUACAUAUCUCUCAACGCUCGUGAAGCACACUCAGGCCGUCAACGUAGUGAAAUGCUGGCCACGGCGGGAGACGACGGCAACGUCCUGCUCUGGGUACCGGCAGAUAGCCACACCACGCACACAAACUUCGAGGAGGGCCUCGAAGACAAGGAGACAUGGCGAGUCAAGGCCAUGUGCAGAUCCAUAGGUUCAGAAAUCUACGAUCUUGCCUGGUCACCAGACGGCGUCUUCUUCAUCACAGGCAGCAUGGAUAACAUUGCUCGCAUCUACAACGCUCAGACAGGAAGUAUCGUACGCCAGAUUGCCGAACACAACCACUACGUGCAGGGAGUAGCAUGGGAUCCUCUCAACGAAUACAUCGCAACACAAUCUUCUGACAGAUCGGUGCACAUUUACACAUUGAAGAACAAGGAUGGUCAAUUCUCGCUCGCUCAACACAGCAAGGUCACCAAAAUGGAUCUGCCUGCCCGACGAGUGUCGUCCAACAGUCCUGCACCACCAGACUUUGGUGGCAGGGCCUCAUUCGUAGCCGACUCGAGUCUCGCCAUUGGGUCCCCAGUGCCCUCCAUGCCGGGAACUCCUCAGUCUCUAGCGUUGCCCCAGAUGCACCCACCACCGACAUCGCACAGCCGUCGAUCCUCGUUUGGCUCAUCACCCUCCAUGCGCCGCUCCGCUUCGCCAGCCCCAUCAAUGCCUUUGCCCGCAGUGAUGCCAAAUUCUCCAAGCCUGAACAGUCUCGGCAACCCAGCCGGGGUCCGCAACGCACCCAUAUACUUCAACGAGACUCUCACUUCAUUCUUUAGGCGUCUGACCUUUGCUCCGGACGGCAGCUUGCUCUUCACACCUGCUGGUCAAUACAAAGCACUCCACCCUGCUAUCAAUGACGCUAAACCAACAGAAGACAUCACAAACACAGUCUACAUCUAUACACGCGCUGGGUUGAAUAAGCCUCCGGUUGCCUAUCUCCCUGGCCACAAGAAGCCCUCGGUGGCCGUUCGAUGUUCGCCAGUAGCCAUUCAUGCCUUCGAAACCGCCGACUUCGCACUCAUCGAUGGACCCACCUCGUGUGACCAGUGCGCCUUCGCCAUCACCAAGCUUAGCAGCCGCAUCGCCAAGGCCUUCUGA